GUGACUCCCGCGCCCGGCGCUGCCCCGACCGCGGGCCAUGGCCAGCGAGGACCAGCGCGGCCCCUCCCCGCCGCCAACAGGUGAGGACGGCGGAGGGAGGGCGGCCGCGCCCGCCGAGGCCGGGGGCGCCCCGUCCCUGCAGCCGGGGCUCCCCAUCAGGGGCAUCCGCAUGAAAUUCGCCGUGCUGACGGGGCUGGUGGAAGUUGGAGAAGUGUCCAACAGGGACCUGGUGGAGACCGUCUUCAACCUGCUUGUAGGAGGACAGUUUGAUCUGGAGAUGAAUUUCAUUAUCCAAGAAGGUGAGAGUAUCAUCUGCAUGGUGGAGUUACUGGAGAAGUGUGACAUCACAUGCCAAGCAGAAGUCUGGAGCAUGUUUACAGCCAUUCUGAAGAAGAGCAUACGAAACCUUCAAGUUUGCACGGAAGUAGGCCUUGUUGAAAAAGUACUUGAGAAAAUUGAAAAGGUUGACAGUAUGAUUGCAGAUCUUUUGGUUGACAUGUUGGGAGUGCUGGCUAGCUAUAAUUUGACAGUUCGAGAACUAAAACUUUUCUUCAGUAAACUUCAAGGCGAUAAAGGACAAUGGCCUCCACAUGCAGGGAAGCUGCUGUCUGUGUUGAAGCAUAUGCCUCAGAAGUAUGGUCCUGAUGCCUUUUUCAAUUUCCCAGGGAAGAGUGCUGCAGCUAUUGCAUUACCUCCUAUAGCCAAAUGGCCAUACCAGAAUGGUUUUACAUUUCAUACCUGGCUGAGAAUGGAUCCUGUAAAUAACAUCAAUGUAGAUAAAGAUAAGCCUUAUUUAUAUUGUUUCAGAACUAGCAAAGGUCUUGGUUAUUCUGCUCAUUUUGUUGGUGGCUGUUUGAUUAUAACAUCAAUAAAGUCAAAAGGAAAAGGCUUUCAGCACUGUGUGAAAUUUGAUUUCAAGCCGCAAAAGUGGUACAUGGUAACUAUAGUACAUAUUUAUAACCGAUGGAAGAACAGUGAGCUUCGAUGCUAUGUGAAUGGGGAGCUUGCUUCCUAUGGGGAGAUAACAUGGUUUGUCAACACCAGUGAUACCUUUGACAAAUGUUUCCUGGGCUCAUCAGAAACAGCAGAUGCUAACAGAGUAUUCUGUGGUCAGAUGACUGCAGUUUACCUAUUCAGUGAUGCGCUUAAUGCAGCUCAGAUUUUUGCUAUUUAUCAGUUGGGUCUGGGAUACAAGGGCACAUUUAAAUUCAAAGCAGAAAGUGACCUUUUCCUUGCUGAGCAUCACAAACUCUUACUGUAUGAUGGCAAGCUCUCUAGUGCCAUUGCCUUCACAUACAACCCACGUGCUACAGACGCCCAGCUGUGCCUCGAGUCAUCUCCUAAGGACAACCCUUCCAUUUUCGUUCAUUCACCACAUGCACUCAUGCUUCAGGACGUGAAGGCAGUUUUAACACAUUCCAUCCAAAGUGCCAUGCACUCAAUCGGAGGAGUACAAGUACUAUUUCCCCUUUUCUCACAGUUGGAUUAUAAGCAAUAUCUAUCUGAUGAGGUUGACUUGACUAUCUGUACAACCUUGCUGGCUUUUAUCAUGGAGUUGUUGAAGAACUCAAUCGCUAUGCAGGAGCAGAUGCUUGCCUGUAAGGGCUUCUUGGUAAUAGGACAUAGUCUCGAAAAGUCUUCCAAAUCCCAUGUCAGCAGAGCAGUACUUGAACUUUGCCUUGCGUUUUCCAAGUAUCUGAGCAAUCUGCAGAAUGGGAUGCCCCUACUCAAGCAGUUGUGUGACCACAUUCUUCUAAACCCUGCCAUCUGGAUUCACACCCCAGCCAAGGUUCAGUUGAUGCUCUAUACAUACCUGUCCACUGAAUUCAUUGGUACUGUCAACAUAUACAACACUAUCCGGAGAGUUGGAACAGUGCUUCUCAUCAUGCACACACUGAAGUACUACUACUGGGCAGUGAAUCCCCAGGACCGGAGUGGUAUCGCCCCCAAAGGAUUAGAUGGGCCACGACCUAGUCAAAAGGAAAUACUUUCUCUGCGAGCAUUUUUGCUGAUGUUCAUUAAACAGUUACUGAUGAAGGAUUCUGGAGUAAAGGAGGAUGAAUUGCAGGCCAUUCUUAAUUACCUACUGACUAUGCAUGAGGAUGAUAAUCUAAUGGAUGUUCUCCAGCUGCUUGUGGCAUUAAUGGCAGAGCAUCCUAAUUCUAUGAUUCCUGCUUUUGACCAAAGGAACGGAUUACGUGUUAUUUACAAACUCCUGGCAUCAAAAAGUGAAGGAAUUAGAGUACAAGCUCUCAAGGCAAUGGGCUAUUUUUUAAAAAAUCUGGCCCCAAAGAGAAAAGCUGAAGUCAUGCUUGGUCAUGGAUUGUUUUCAUUGCUGGCUGAGAGACUCAUGCUUCAGACAAAUCAAAUCACAAUGACCACAUACAACGUUCUCUUUGAGAUUCUUAUAGAGCAGAUUUGUACUCAGGUGAUACAUAAACAGCAUCCCGAUCCUGAUUCUUCAGUAAAGAUACAAAACCCUCAGAUACUAAAGGUAAUUGCGACCCUACUUCGAAAUUCUCCCCAGUGCCCAGAGAGCAUGGAGGUUCGCCGAGCUUUUCUUUCUGACAUGAUUAAACUUUUUAAUAACAGUAGAGAAAACAGGAGGAGCUUGCUACAGUGUUCUGUGUGGCAAGAGUGGAUGCUUUCCCUCUGCUACUUUAAUCCAAAGAAUUCAGAUGAACAAAAGAUAACAGAAAUGGUAUAUGCCAUAUUCCGAAUCCUACUGUACCAUGCAGUCAAAUAUGAGUGGGGUGGAUGGCGUGUGUGGGUGGACACCUUAUCAAUAACACAUUCAAAGGUCACUUUUGAAAUAUACAAAGAAAACCUUGCAACUAUAUUUAGGGAACAACAGGGAAAAGCUGAUGAAGAAAUAGGGCUGUGUUCCUCAAGUCCAGUUCAAACACUCACUGGCCUUAGUAGAGAUGCUGAUGGUUCAGUGGGGUCCCAGCCAUCGGAUAAGAAGGAUUCUCCUGUCCCUCCUCAUUUUACCAGAAAUAGUGAUGGAAACUUAAGUAGCGAGAAGGCAAGUUCAGCAGAAUCCGUGUCCAACAUUGAACUGCAAGUGCCUGAUACAUGUCAUGAAGAAGGGAAAAUGGGACAGGAAAACCAGGAGUUCCUGCAUGAAGUCACUGUGGAAGAGACACCAACAAAUGAGACAAAUGAUGCAAGUGACUUAGAGGCAUCUGGUACAGUGGAACCUGUGGCUGUUUCCUCUGAUUCUUCCAAGACAGCUGGCAAGGAUUCAGUGGCCAUCAGUGAACUGACUGUAAGUUCUCCUUCAGAGGAAGAUGCUUCAGAGAUGCCAGAAUUACUGGAAAAGUCCGUGGAAGAAGAUGAUGAUGACUACGUGGAACUGAAGGUGGAAAGCAGCCCUGCUGAGGAAACCAGUCUGCCCGCAGAGCUCCAAGAUAAUAGUUCAAUGCUAGCUGCUUCUGAAGCCAGUGAAACAUCAGACAUGGUUAGUAGUGACCACAAAUUAAUAACUGAAGAGGAAACACCUGUUACUAAACAGCAACCUGAUACCGAAACUGGAAGUUCUAGAGAUUCUGGGUUUCUGACCAUGACAGCAUCAGGGUCUUCAGCUACCUCACCAGAAACUUCUGUUUCCCAAACAACUGUACAGUCAGACACUGAUCAGGUGCUAGAGGAAGGGAAGGAAGCAACCAACUUGGCUGGAGACACCAAAUCAGUUAGUGAUAGUCCUAGUCAGAUUUUUGAGGCUGCUGCUACUUCUGAGCAAAAGAUUGCCAAGUUGGAUGUUUCUAGUGUUGCUUCAGAUACUGAGAAACUGGAACUAAAGGCCAGUACAAAUACAGAAGCACCACAGCCUCAUCGACAUGUGCAUGAGGUAUCAAGGCAACAAGAGCAGCCAGGACAGGGAACAGCCUCCGAUGCAGUUGGUGGACAAAGGAGGGAUUCCAGAUCAUCCAUGUUUCGUAUUCCUGAGUUCAAGUGGUCUCCAAUGCACCAGCGUCUGCUCACUGAUCUCUUAUUCUCCAUAGAAACAGAUAUACAGAUGUGGAGAAGCCAUUCAACAAAGACAGUUAUGGACUUCGUGAAUAGCAGUGAUAAUGUCAUCUUUGUACACAACACAAUUCAUCUCAUCUCUCAAGUGAUGGACAAUAUGGUCAUGGCUUGUGGGGGUAUACUGCCAUUGCUUUCAGCUGCUACAUCGGCUACACAUGAGUUGGAGAACAUUGAACCUACUCAAGGCCUUUCAAUUGAAGCCUCUGUGGCAUUUUUGCAGAGGCUAAUUAGCCUUGUGGAUGUACUUAUAUUUGCAAGUUCUCUUGGCUUCACUGAAAUUGAAGCUGAAAAAAACAUGUCAUCUGGAGGAAUUUUACGACAGUGUCUCCGACUGGUAUGUGCAGUGGCCGUAAGGAAUUGCUUAGAGUGUCAACAGCAUUCACAGUUGAAAGCUAAGGGAGAUGCAGCGAAAGGCCUGAAAACAAUACACUGCCUGGUUCCCCUGGGGAAAUUAGCAGCAAAGAGUCCAGUAGACAUUGUGACUGGUGGUAUAUCUCCAGUAAGAGAUCUUGACAGGCUCCUGCAAGACAUGGAUAUUAAUCGGCUUAGGGCAGUUGUUUUCCGAGAUAUAGAGGAUAGUAAACAAGCUCAGUUCUUAGCUUUGGCUGUUGUAUACUUCAUCUCUGUUCUUAUGGUCUCGAAGUAUAGAGACAUUUUGGAACCCCAGCAUGAAAGACGAAGCCAGUCUUUUAAGGAAACGAGUAGUGAAAAUGGGAGUGCAUCCCUUCCUGAUGUAGAAAACAUACCAGCAGCAUUCAGCUCUCUAACUCUUUCGUCAGUGGAAGAAUCCAUAGAAAGCACCUCACCUACUCGAAGGAGGGACUCCGGCCUUGGAGAGGAAACUGCUUCUGGCUUGGGCAGCCAUGUGUCAGUUGCUCCACCAGCAGGCCCUGCAGGGGUCAGUGCAGGCCCAGAUGCCAUCAGUGAGGUGCUCUGUACUCUUUCCUUGGAAGUCAAUAAGUCUCAGGAAACCAAAAAUGAUGGUGGAGAUGAGUUGGAUAACAAGGCAACGGCAGUUCCAGUUUCAAAAAAUGUCAACGUGAAGGACAUUCUUCGAAGCUUGGUUAACAUACCAGCAGAUGGAGUCACAGUGGAUCCUGCCCUUCUGCCACCAGCCUGCCUUGGUGCCCUUGGUGAUUUGUCUGCUGAACAACCUGUACAGUUCAGAUCUUUUGACAGAAGUGUGGUAAUUGCAACAAAAAAAUCAGCAGUCUUACCUUCCACACUUUCUACAAGUGCACUUACCACUGCGCCUACCAAUGCUGUCAGUGUGGUUUCUUCAAUGGAUUCAGCCCAAGCCUCAGAUGUGGGUGGAGAGUCCCCAGGCAGUAGGUCAUCUAAUGCAAAAUUGCCAUCCGUUCCGACAGUGGGUUCAGUUCCAGAAGACCCUGUCUCAAAUAUGAGUAUUACAGAGAGGCUGGAACAUGCUUUGGAAAAGGCAGCUCCUCUUCUACGAGAGAUUUUUGUGGAUUUUGCACCUUUUCUUUCUCGGACACUUUUGGGUAGCCAUGGACAAGAACUGCUUAUAGAAGGAACAAGUCUGGUUUGCAUGAAGUCUAGUAGCUCAGUUGUGGAGUUGGUUAUGCUGCUGUGUUCUCAGGAGUGGCAGAAUUCUAUUCAGAAGAAUGCAGGUCUUGCUUUUAUUGAACUUGUCAAUGAAGGAAGGUUGCUUAGCCAAACAAUGAAGGAUCAUUUAGUCAGAGUAGCAAAUGAAGCUGAGUUUAUCCUGAGCAGGCAGAGAGCAGAAGAUAUUCACAGGCACGCAGAAUUUGAGUCACUGUGUGCUCAGUAUUCUGCAGACAAACGAGAAGAGGAGAAGGUAUGUGAUCACUUGAUCAGAGCAGCUAAGUAUCGAGACCAUGUGACAGCAACUCAGCUAAUUCAGAAAAUGAUCAACAUUCUCACAGACAAGCAUGGAGCCUGGGGAAAUUCUGCAGUGAGUCGUCCUCGUGAGUUCUGGCGCCUUGACUACUGGGAAGAUGACUUGCGGCGCCGACGACGAUUUGUGCGUAACCCUCUAGGAUCGACACAUCCUGAAGCGACACUAAAAACAGCCGUGGAACAUGCUGCAGAUGAAGACAUCCUUGCCAAAGGAAAACAGUCCAUCAAGAGUCAGGCUUUAGGAAACCAGAACUCAGAAAACGAGAUCCUCCUGGAAGGCGACGAUGAUACUCUGUCAUCCGUGGAUGAGAAAGAUUUAGAGAAUCUUGCCGGUCCUGUUAGCCUGAGCACACCAGCUCAGCUGGUGGCCCCCUCUGUUGUGGUAAAGGGCACUCUUUCUGUCACCUCCUCCGAACUCUAUUUUGAGGUGGAUGAAGAGGAUCCUAACUUCAAGAAAAUCGACCCCAAGAUCCUGGCUUACACAGACGGGCUGCAUGGAAAAUGGCUGUUUACAGAGAUACGAUCCAUCUUUUCUCGACGUUAUCUUUUGCAAAAUACAGCUCUGGAGAUCUUUAUGGCAAACAGAGUUGCUGUAAUGUUCAACUUCCCAGACCCCGCAACAGUAAAGAAAGUGGUGAACUAUCUCCCUCGUGUUGGUGUCGGAACCAGUUUUGGAUUACCUCAAACCAGGCGUAUUUCAUUAGCUAGUCCACGUCAGCUUUUUAAAGCAUCUAAUAUGACGCAGCGGUGGCAGCACAGAGAGGUCUCAAAUUUUGAGUACUUGAUGUUCCUCAACACCAUUGCAGGACGGAGUUAUAAUGACUUAAAUCAGUAUCCUGUCUUUCCCUGGGUCAUCACUAACUACGAAUCUGAAGAACUAGAUCUUACCUUGCCAAGCAAUUUCAGAGAUUUGUCCAAGCCAAUAGGAGCUUUGAAUCCAAAGCGAGCAGCUUUCUUUGCAGAACGUUUUGAAUCAUGGGAAGAUGACCAAGUUCCAAAGUUCCACUAUGGUACUCAUUACUCAACAGCAAGUUUUGUUCUUGCAUGGCUGCUAAGAAUAGAACCCUUUACAACCUACUUCCUAAACUUGCAAGGUGGGAAGUUUGAUCAUGCAGAUAGGACAUUUUCAUCUGUUUCCAGAGCUUGGCGCAACAGUCAGCGUGAUACAUCUGAUAUUAAGGAGUUGAUUCCUGAAUUUUAUUAUCUCCCUGAGAUGUUUGUCAACUUCAAUAAUUAUAACCUUGGAGUGAUGGAUGAUGGGACAGUAGUGUCUGAUGUGGAACUUCCUCCUUGGGCUAAAACCUCAGAAGAAUUUGUUCGUAUAAACAGAUUGGCCUUGGAAAGUGAGUUUGUUUCCUGCCAGCUUCACCAGUGGAUUGAUCUCAUUUUUGGCUAUAAACAGCAAGGUCCUGAGGCUGUGCGAGCCCUCAACGUGUUCUAUUACCUCACCUAUGAAGGUGCCGUUAACCUGAACUCUAUAACCGAUCCUGUGCUGAGAGAGGCUGUCGAAGCUCAGAUCCGAAGUUUUGGACAGACGCCUUCCCAGCUGCUCAUCGAGCCCCAUCCUCCCCGAGGUUCCGCCAUGCAAGCGAGCCCGUUGAUGUUCACAGACCAAGCCCAGCAGGAUGUUAUCAUGGUCCUAAAGUUCCCUUCCAACUCGCCUGUCACCCACGUGGCAGCCAACACCCAGCCUGGUUUGGCCACUCCUGCUGUGAUCACAGUCACUGCUAAUAGGCUCUUUGCCGUGAACAAGUGGCACAAUCUUCCUGCUCAUCAAGGUGCUGUACAAGACCAACCAUACCAGCUGCCAGUGGAAAUCGAUCCUCUCAUAGCCAGCAACACAGGGAUGCACCGGAGGCAGAUCAGUGACCUUCUGGACCAGAGCAUCCAAGUCCAUUCCCAGUGCUUUGUGAUCACUUCAGACAAUCGCUAUAUUCUCAUCUGUGGCUUCUGGGAUAAGAGCUUCCGAGUCUACUCCACAGACACAGGAAAAUUGAUUCAAGUGGUGUUUGGCCAUUGGGAUGUCGUCACUUGCCUUGCUCGAUCCGAGUCUUAUAUUGGGGGAAAUUGCUACAUUCUCUCGGGGUCACGUGAUGCAACCCUUCUGCUGUGGUACUGGAACGGAAAGAGCAGUGGGAUUGGAGAUAACCCUGGAAGUGAGACCACCACUCCCCGGGCCAUUCUGACAGGCCACGACUACGAGAUAACUUGCGCGGCCGUCUGCGCUGAGCUGGGCCUGGUGUUGAGCGGCUCUCAAGAAGGGCCUUGCCUCAUCCACUCCAUGAACGGAGACCUGUUAAGGACGUUGGAGGGCCCCGGGCACUGCCUGAAACCCAAGCUCAUCCAGGCUUCACGCGAGGGCCACUGCGUGAUCUUCUACGAGAACGGCUGCCUCUGCACCUUCAGCGUGAACGGGAAGCUCCAGGCCUCCGUGGAAACGGACGAUCACCUCAGGGCCAUGCAGCUGAGCCGGGACGGGCAGUACCUGCUCACGGGCGGCGACAGCGGCGUGGUGAUGGUGUGGCAGGUGUCGGACUUCAAGCAGCUCUUCACCUACCCAGGCUGCGACGCCGGGAUCCGCGCCAUGGCCCUGUCCUUCGACCAGAGGUGCGUCAUCGCGGGCAUGGCGUCCGGGAGCAUCGUGCUGUUUUACAACGACUUCAACCGGUGGCAUCACGAAUACCAAACCCGCUACUGAGGGCGCGGGCGAGGCCCGGGCGGAGUCGCUGCAGAAACGGCGCCGUCACCACUGAAUGUAACUCGGAUCUGCUUGAAGAAGCAAACUAUUUUUUAAAGUUAAUUGCUAUUUUUGUAGACUUGGCUUGACCUUGGGGUGGGGCGGGGGGGGGCGGUGGGAACAAAUAGCAAAGCAGAAAACUGGCUGCUGGGUUCUGUAGUUUAAACAAAAAAAAAAUCUAUAUUUUUAGUCAUAAUGAGAAGUCUAUUUUCACCAAUUAUGGAAACCUAUGGCGGGGAAACAAGCCCACUUCUCCCAGCUGCAUCACGGAACCCCACUGCCCACGCCCUGCCAUCCCCGGGCCCCG